AUGUCUUAUCAAUGGUCGCCAGACUUGUUUGCAGAGAUUUAUAAUGCAAUCAAGUUUCAACCCGACGUUGAUAUUUCAACCGUUGAUUUAUCGAUAAUAUCUCAUGAUCUUACACAGGUUCUAAAAACACCAUCACCACUGACUGAAUCUCGAAACAAGUUGAAUGCCCCACUUAAACUCAGCAAUGGUGACGAGGUGCAAUUGAACGAAGCAUUUACCGAGUUGAGUGUAUUGCUAGCUACAGAGCUCGAUUUAGAUGAGGUCUGCACAGCGGAGUUAUUGUUUUAUAGCGAAGAUGUUAGUUAUAAAAAGGGUACAUCAUUGAGCGACAGUUCAAAAUUGUCUUAUUUUAGUCGUGGUGAAUACAUUUUAAACAUUUUGAUAUACCUCGUAGGGAAUAAGAUUUUGGCCUUGAGCCCGACUGAAAUAUUUGAUAACGCCAUUGAGAGUUUUAACAAAGUUUAUAAAUUAAUUGACAUUUUAAAUGACUUGAUUGACAAACAGAAGGUAACAGGAGACUUGCUGAGCUUGGUGUUCAUUAAUGGAAUCAAUUUUGCGAGAUCGCAAUUGUUCAAAUUCCACGAACUAUUAGGUACAUUAUUGUAUGCAUUGAGUGAGUCUUAUUUUGAUGAGGUUGGAUCGGUGACAAAUUACGAGAAAGUGAUCAAGGUGAUAAAGUCGUUGCAAAAUGAUGACGUUUUCGUCUUUCAUUUCCUCCCAUUCGUUUUGAAUUUUUAUGCUAAAGUGAGCGAUAACUCUGCAUUGGUCGACCAGUUGUACACGCUGAUUACAAAAUCAAUCCCGGUGAACCAGAAAGGAGAAGUAUUUGACUUGGCACAAUCUCAACUCCAUGGAUUUGAAAUCGUUACUGGAUUCAUCUUUUUAACUGAGUUUAUCCCUUGGUGCAAGUGCAACGAUACUAAAAAAUACGAUUUCCAAAAGAAUAUAAUCACUUACAUGGAGCUGUUAAUUUCAGUCGGAGUGAUGGAGUUGUUGUUAAGUUAUUGUGCUGAAACGAGUACGCCAGAAACGCGACGUGCUUUUGAGUUAUCUGAUACGUAUGAUUUCAGAUCUUUACUCCAAAGAACUGUACCGCCAUUUGCUCCUAAGAAGUUCAUAUACCAAGGCGCACCAGAGCUUUUGAAUUUGGCUAAACAGAGACCAGAGUUUGUCAAUGCCGUCAAAUUGGUUGAUAUCUCAUACUUAACCCUAAACCCAGAGCUCAACGACUCAUUGAUAUCUCCUUUGUUGCAACACUUUUUCAGUACAUUUGUUGCAGACGCUGCAUUGAUAUUAACCUCAUUACGUGACAGCGAAGAAGACUUUGCUUUGUCGUUUCUGGAUAGAAAUGAAGAGGUAAGCGAUGAUAGCGAUGAUAACGAAGAGCGCACAAACGCAGAGAAGCCACAGUUACUGGAGCUUGAUGAGAUUGCUCAACGUGCAGAUUUAGAACGAUUUUAUUUGGCUUUUGCCUAUACCUACAACAACAGACCUGAACUAUGCUCGGCAUUUUGGACGGACGAAUCCAACACCAAUGAAGUACUUGGCUUUUUAUCAUGGGGGUUGAAUAACAAUACCUCGCCUUUGAUUGCUGCUAGCUUUAGUGUUCUUUUGGCGUCAUUAUCUUCUGGUGGAUCAAGCAUUGCUAGCAAGAUAUGGGAUAUUUUGAUCAACAACAAUAGCCAUGCAAAGAAAAAUGAUUAUUCAAAAAUUUCAAUCGACUCCAUAUUUGACUCGUUAAAUUAUUACAUCGAAUCGCUAAACAAUAACUUUGAACAAGACUUGAACGACCAGUUGAGCGUAUACCACAAACGCCACGAGCUUGUGUUUUCUAACAAGAGAGUGGGGGACUUUAAGGAAAAUGGCGAUGAUAGGAUAGUUAUUGAACUAGCAGAAGACUCUAUUAUUUCAAUAUCUGGUUUUGUGAGGUUGAUUUCAUCAAUCAUGCUAAACUUGUCUGGUUCAGAGAGAGCAGAUCAGAUUAAAAAUAUAGCCUUCAACCGGUUUUUACCAAUUAUAAAGGGAUUUCUCGAAUUUGACAACUUAAUUAAUGGUGGGAAGGUUUUGCAAGUUGAUGUCAAUGCGCAUAACUCGACUAUGAAUCCAAGUUAUAUAAACUUGCCUGAUAUUCAUGUUUGUGACGAUUCAAGGAUUGUAUUGUUGAAUUUGAUUUUUCAACUAUUGGGUAAUCUUGCUGAAAACAAUCUGGAUUCUUUCAUAAGGUACGAAUCGUGGCGGUUGUUGGACCGCUGGAUGUACCAUGGUCUACAUUUAAGCCAACCCCAACUGAAUGAUUUGUUUAGCAAGCAGCUGGAGAGAAAGAAGUACACAAGGAAAAGAUCAAUUGGAACAAUUGAAGUGUUUGCGAAUAAUCUUACGCACUAUAGUCAAGUGCUCAAUUUUGCCGACCUUGUUAAAAAAUUGUUGCAACCAUUGAAUUUUGAUCACACUCUGAAGUACACUUUGGCUUAUCCGUGUGAUUUGGGAUAUGGUCAUAGGCCAAAUAACAAAAUUGGUAUAUGGCCCUACAUUGAGUUUCUUUUGGUUGAUGUGUUGGGUGAGUCACAUAAUUUAACAAAUGAAGAAUACAGAGAUUCUUUGCAGACGCUAAUACUUCAAUUGUGCGUUGACGCCUUACAUGAAGUCGAUUGGGAGUUUUUGAGCGAUUCUGCAUUGAAUAUUAUCAGAGAUUUCCGGUCGUUUGAAUCAAUUUUCGAUUCAUUGAUCCCUGGAUUGCCUAUUAAUUACGACUUGUUUGUCAAGUUGCAUCACUCAUUGGCUGUCCUUGCAUGCUUUUUCAAUAACAAGGUUUACAACGCCUUGUUCAAAGUUAUUGACCAUGGAGUAGAAGCAGUAAAUGCUUCUGCUGAGAUUGAAAAUUUGGUCAGUCUAGCAUUAAAUGUACUCAAUUCUUUGUUGGGAAUGCAAAACAAUUUCCGCAACCAUUUGCUACCUGUAUUGACGAGGACAAACAUACCCCAGCAACCUGUCCAUAGAAACUCGACUAUGAGCAUCAGUACAUCUAUGAACAAGGUCUUGAGCCAGCCAACUUCCAUCUUUGACAACAUUUAUCAAUCAAAAAUCCUUGCGCUCUCAGGUGUAAAAACAUUUUAUGAUGUGAUCUUGUUCAACUUGUCUUCUGUUGCCCAUAUUGCAUUAUUUGUCAAUUGUGAUAACCCUAUUUCACGCAAUGCUUUGAAAAUUUUGAGUAAAUUGGGGAAAGCCAAUCAUUUUAGAAGUAGCAAGUCUGAAGCGGACCCAUUGUUGAGUAGUGACCGUUUACUCACAACCUUUUUAAACAUUGAUGAAUCGGAAAAGAUUAAAUUUGCAUUCAUUGAUAAGUUUGAAGAGAUUGAGGAUACAUUGGAGAUCAAGUUCGAGAUUUUAGACCUUCUUGCUAGCUUACUCGAUCCCGUAAGGAGGACUCUUAACAUAGCACAUUUCUUAUUGGGGUUUGAAAUCAAAGCAAAUACUUUGAACUUGAAUGAGUCGCAACACACGACACUAUUAGACAUCCUAUUGGCCACGUUGCGCGAUAGUUUAAACAUAAUUUCGGAAUUGGAUUUUGCUAAUGGAAACCGUCAUGUUAUUGACGUUGGACCAGCAAAGUUGUCAUCAUUGAUUUUGGAGAUCUUGAUCAAGCUUUGCUCUAACCCCGUGUCUUCGGGAAUUUCCAUGAAUAGGGUGCGUGACUACAAUUUGGUUGAGAAGUUAAUCAACUUCCAGCCCAAGUUGGACUUGAUGACGAGCUGGUGUGGAUAUGAGUUUGAUGGAGAUCUUGGUGUCAGCGCUGAAAAUUACUUCAUUAGUUCUCUACCAAGCAUUGACUCGUUUACUGCAUUUAUCAUGCAACGUGAAUUGGCGUUGAAAUUGUUAUCAUUGGAGUUUUACAAUGCGCAUUCAUCCACACAGAAGGACUAUUAUUCACAACUUUUGCUCUCCAAGACUCAGUUCCCCAACCGGACAGCGAGAAUUAUUGAUUUUCUUGAUGUCUUGAACUUUAACUUCAGGAAUCUUGAGGUUGAGAAAUAUGAUUACUUGAACCGCUCGUUCAACGUUGAGAUGAUUUUGAAGAAAGUACAAGGUCCAAACUAUACGUUGGAUUAUUCGAUUUUGGAGAAGAUUUAUAGAAUAUUGUGCCAAGGAUCAAAUAUGGUAACACCCGAGUCGAAGCAGCAAUACAACGAAGAGGUAAUGACCGAAGGAAACAAAAUGCAGGAGUUCGUUACAAAGUAUCUUGUCAUGAACAAUUCACGCGAUGUUCAGUUGAGAUGUUUGGCUUCGUGGUGUCAAUUAGUGUUGGUGUUGCAGGAUCAGAUUACCUCAAGUGAUGUUAUCAUUGACGUGUUCAAUUCCCUUUUGCCCAAAGUUUCGAUUUAUCUUGAGUCUGAUAUAUUGUUUUCAGAAGAAUUGGUGUCGCUUUGCGUCUCAUUAUUUGACCUAUAUGAGAGUAAAUUUUUGAGCCUCGAGAAUGUCAAACAGACCGACUUGGCAGUGCAACAGCUUAUGCCAUUGUUUCAAACUUGCAUUUCUGGAGUAAUUAGUUCUCAUGUUACUCCAAAUAUGCGGUCCGAAUUCUAUGCGAUAUUGAACAAAUUCAUUCUGAAAGCUUCCCAAAACAAAUUGCUUGCCACGAAAAUCAUGGACGUGGUGAGCUCCAUUCACAAGAAGAUUUUACCAAUCUUGACUAAUGAUGCAUUGUACUCAGAAGGGUUAUCGCGCAUAAAUUCAAUUUUUUUGAUCGAGUCGCUCUUGAAGUUAGAAGAUCUGAGCCAAUCAGAUAUCAUUUUGAAACAAGUUGUCAAACAGAGCUUCUUGUCACAAGUCAUUAGGGCAUUAAGACGAACUGACGAGGUGAUCAAGUUGUCUACAUCCAAAACUUCUGAAUUGACAUUUAAUGAGCUUUUUGUUGAACUUACGGCAUUCAAGGCAAACUUGUACCUACUCGUCAAAAUAGCCCAGUCUCAAAAGGGGGCAUUACAGUUGGUGCAGAAUGAACUAUUUGCAACUUUGGCAAACUUAAACUUGUUGAAGGUUGACCCUGACUUGGGAUUGACAUUACAUGUGCAUGAGGUGCAGGAUUUUAAAAAUGUCAGCAUAAGAGUGCUCUUGGAUACGCCAUUAUCAUUAUCAGACUUGGUUAGCCCCGACGCCAAACAUGAAGACACAAUAUCUUUGAAUGAGUUGGUGGUUCCUGUAUUUGAGUUGGUAACAACUGUCCUCCUUGCAAUGGGUCCAACUUAUAAACCUGGCGUGGAGCAAACAAAAAAGUUCAUGAAAGCAGUCAAUGAGUUGGUUAUGGGGGUGUUGAAAAGGGACUACCUAUUGGAAAGUGGUCAAGUUAGUAAGGCUCUUUAUCAAAAGGAAGGAGGAGAGAUUCAAUUGUUGCAAAAAUUGGUGCGAUUGUUUACUGUUAUAGGUUCAAUAGUGGGUGAAUAG